CGUUCGCCUCGUCGAGUUAGCUCCUUUGAAUUUUUUCCUGUGUCGCGCUGACGCGUAAUUACGAUUAAAAUAUGAGAGCCUAAACGAACCGAAGGAAACAAUUAAGCUAAAAGCAGCGGAAAAGCGCCGGAAAAUAAGCAAACCAAAAAUUCAAACCGAAGGUUUUCUUCGUGUAUUGUGAUUUUUUGUUUUUUUUUUUUUUUGUUUAUUUUGUUUGUUUGUUUGAGUGAGUGACUGCUGCAAAAUGCCUCUGUAUUCGGAUUCAACCAACUACUACUAUAGUGGCGGCAGCAGUCAGCUGUAUUCGCCGUACUAUAGUUCCGGCUUGGGUCUCAACUUGGGCAUGGGAUCCUCACCAGGAUCGAGCUAUACAUCUAGCUACAAUCGCUCAUAUCCGGCCAGCUAUAUGGUACCCCUGAGUCCCUCCUCGCCGAGAUCACCGAGCAGUUAUUCCAGUGGCAGCUCCGGCGGCAGUAGCUCCCUCCAUGGCCUGGGCUCCAGAUAUCAACCCAAACUGACCACGAUUACGGAAACGGGUCGGCACAGUGGUCAUAGCAGCCUAAUGCCUCUGACCAGGAUUAACUCACCGAAAUACAGCAGCUCGGUGACCACACCGAGUUAUGGUUCAUCGGGCGCCAGUAGUCGGUACAUACCAGCCAGACCCAUUGCCAUCAAUACGGCGGAUAUCGAUGUGAGCUCCUCGCGAUAUCGCAGGGCAGUGCCAUCCAAGUCGCAGGAAAAGGAGCAGCCCAAGGAGGAGGUGAAGCAAAAGGAACAGAAGGAGCAGGCGGAGGAGGAGGUUAAGCCUUCUCCCAAGGAAACACCAUGCGAAAGUUCAGAUGCAAGUGCCGAAACCAGACCCAAUCGUAGGUCAACCAUUAGAAGAAAUCGUCCGGUGGUUAGAUUAUCCACCAUACGAAGACGCAGCAAGGAUCGCAGUGCCGAGAGUCCCAAGAAGGAGCAAGUGCAGGAGCAUCAAUUCAGGGAUCUGCCACCUGCCACCGAGCCCAGUUUGAGUUGGCGUCAAAAGUUGGCCGAAGAAUUGGCAGCCUUUCCAGUAACCAGCAAUAAAAAGUCACCCGGCGAAUUGCUUCGCGAGAGAUUCUAUAUAAAAGAUGAGAAGGAGGAACUAACCAAUUUCAAUAGAGCCCAAAUCCAAGAGCUUGUUCAACCACAAAGUGCUCAUAAAACUUUGACUCCGGAAGUGGAGAUAAGUGCCAAAAAGGAAGUGGAUGACGAAAAGGAGGAUGAGUCCGAUAAACAGGAACAGGAAUUGGAGGAAAUGCAGGAGACCAUUCGUCGUUUGAGUUUGGUCCAAUGUCCAACAUUUCAUGACAUUUGCGAGGAUAUUUCAUCCGAUAAAAUUGAUGAUGAUCUGAAUGCCGGAGAACUCAGACGUAGGGCCUCUAUUAUUCAGGAGCAAGAACAGGAAAUCUUAAAUAAGUUGCAGAAGUCAAACUCCGGCAGCUUUCAGUUGAUCCACCUGGAACGUAGAUCCAGUCACGAUAGUACCACCACUAACGAUGAAGAUCUGAAGGAGAGAUCGAAAAGGCGGUCCAAGAAGAGUAAAAAGAUGCGCCAUAAGAUCACCGCCAUUGUUGAGGUGGAAAAUGCUCCCCAAGCUCAGCCAGUAGAGCAUAUGCCUAGUGUUUUGGAGUUGAAUGAGGAGUCCCUAUUAAUACAACCAUUGACUUCCGGUUCCGGUUCGAGUUCCACUCCAACUCCCAGUCCGAAACCGAAAUUCACCGUUAAUGUAGAGACUGUGGAGGAGCAUCAUCAGAUACACAAGAUAUUCAAGCUGCCCAAGAAAAAGACAGUGCCCAAGGAUCAGGAUGAUUCGUCUUUGCCCGAAGGAUUCAUGAAAGCUGCGCCCAAAACAACCAAGACAUCGCCUUUGAAGAAAGUAAAUAAGCAGCAACAUGUUAAUGAGGCACAGAUUUUCACCUUUGAUGAGGCAGCCAUACAACAGCAGCAACAAGUGCAGCAGCAGCAGCAGCAACCGGAACUACCUAAAACCGAGGCCAAAGUCGAGGGCGUGGCUACGCCCAAGCCCAUUCGUAAGGCUAUACAGAAAUCGGAGAGCGGCGAGGACUUUUGGUCACAGAUCGGUUCUAGGGAAACGCUAUACAUGACCAAUCGCAAAAAGGUCUUUAACAUGCGGCAAGAGCAACAGGAGCAACUCCUGGAGGAGGAACCGCCUAAAUCACCAGCAAUGCCAAAGGAAACAAAGACAGAUUUAAAGACACCAACAACUCCCAAGCUCAAAUCGGAAAUUCUCAUCGAGCUGAAGACAACACCUUCGAUUGUGUCCACAAGUGGCAAAUCGGAAACUCAAAAGGUACCAUCAACACCACUUACUCCAACGGUUGUAAAAACUAACCAAGUCGAAGCUAAGAAAGUAGAAUCAAUGGAUACUUCAAGCAAAGCACCUGCUAGUGUAAUAUCAAAAGCUGCUGAAUCUCCAAAAUUAAAAUCCGCAACUGAUAAUAAUAAGGCCAAACCGACAAUGGCCAAAAAAGACUUGCCAAAACUAAAGACGGCAGAAGAAACUAAGCUAACAAUAACAACCAAAGCGACAACUGCAACACCAACGAUGGACUCACCAAAAACACCACAAGCCAAAGAAGAAACAUCACAAAAAACUGAAAGUGCAACUACAUCACAAAUAAAGUCCGAUACACCAAUUGCACUGCAAAUAAAACCACAAGAACAAAUGAAAGUAGCAGCACCAACAACACCACAAGCUAAAGUAGAAACUCCACCAAAGGAUUCACCAACAAGAAAGAUUGUAGCACCUACAACACCACAAGCUAAAGUAGAAACACCAACAAAGGAUUCUCCAACAAGAAAGAUUGUAACACCUACAACACCACAAGCUAAAGUAGAAACACCAACAAAGGAUUCUCCAACAAGAAAGAUUGUAACACCAACAACACCACAGGCAAAGGUCGAAACACCAACAAAGGAUUCUCCAACAAGAAAGAUUGUAACACCUACAACACCACAAGCUAAAGUAGAAACACCGACAAAGGAUUCUCCAACAAGAAAGAUUGCAACGCCAACAACACCACAAGCUAAAGCAGCUGCAUCAACAACAUCACCACUAACAACACCACAAAAAACACCACAAGUUAAGGCAGCAACAGAUGAGUCCAAGUCAACACCAGCAGCACCAAAGACAACAAUGGCCAAGAUCAGCAUGACAACAAUGGCAGGAACAACUGUUGCCGAGGCAGGAAAAACAAUCUCACCGAAGGGGUUGAAACAAUCUGGCAACGCCGUAGCCAUGCCAACGGCAACACCAACAACACCAAACACACCAACAACAGCAACAGGCAAAUCAAAAUUGAACGAAACAGCAGGGCCAAAAAUAAAUAGCGGGCAGCCGGCCAAGUCACCUGAACAACAACAGGCAACGGCAGCCGCAGUCGAAACGAAAAUAAAUAAAACAACUGACAAGGAACAACAGCAGCAGCAGCAGCAGCAGCAACAGCAACAGGCGCAGCAACAGCAGCAACAACUGAUCGACACGGCAGCAACAUUGGUGCCACAAACGGAAACCAAAACGAAAUUGACGGAAGCCGCUGAGCCAACGGGCAAGUCAAAGGUGCAAUCACCGAAUACGACAAAGCCAAAAAGUGCCGGCAAAACAAAUGUUGGCAAAAAGAAAGCUGCAACGCCAGCAGCAGCAGCAGCAGCAGCAGCAGCCGCCGCACCAGCAGCAGCAACAGCAACAGAAGCUGUUACGGCUUUGUCUGAGAGCAAUGUGACCCCAAUCAAUGCCGAUCAAUUUAUAACGCUGGCCCCCACAAAGGCGGCCAAAACAUCACCGAACAAGCAGCAAGCAUUGCAAUUGCAACAGCAACACGAGGAGCAGCAGCGGCAGCAGCAGCAACAGGCCACAAAUGCGUCAUCGCCGGCGGCAACUGGCGAUGCAACCACAACGCCCACAACAAUAACAAUUGGUGUUGCUGCUGUUAAUGUUGCUGCUGUUGCUGUUGUUGCUUCUGCUGCUGCUGCUGCUGCUACUGAUGCUGCUGCUGAUGCGACUACCUCGCUCAGCAGCAACAACAGCUGCGGCGAAGGCGUCGGCAAUAAUUUAUCAAAGUUUGCAACAGUAUCGAAUUUGGCACAGUGUCUGCGAGACGUUGAUGCCGAGCUAGACGACUAUAUACCCUCGUCGGCGGAAAAUAGCCAAGAAGACGACGACGACGACGACGACGGGAGCGGCAGCAGUUCCGACGAUUAUUCCAGUGUUGACGGUUGUGCGAACUUAAGCGCCAGCAUGAAAAAGAAACUGCGCAAGGAGAAAAAGAAGCAAAAGGCGAAAGCCGCCGCCGCCGCCGAGGCGAAAAGAUUCGAUCCGCACAAGAAGAUCAAGAUCGAUACGACGAACAAGUGUUAUGUGAAGGAGGAGGCGCCCAGGUAUCCACUGGUGGCCACACCGCGUCCACUGUGGAAGCGCGAGAAGAUCGUCUAUUCGGAUGAGAAUACGGACGAUGAGAGCGGCAGCGAGGAGGGCAGCGGUGGCUCCUUGGACGAGGACAGCGACGAUGAGAGCGGCGGCGAGGAGUGCAGCUCCACCAGCAGCAGCGCCAGUUCCGAGGAUCUCGAUGCGGUGGCCAUGGUCACCAAGGCUGGUAGCUCCAAUGCCACAACGGUGCUGGAUUCAUCCAAUUCCAGCGGCUCAAAUGCCGGAACACUGAGUGUUCCCAGUGCUGGUAGUGGCAGUGGUGGUGGCGCCUCCACAUCCAGCUCGCCGUCCAUCAUCCGGAUGAGCACCUGCAGCAAUGAUUCCGGAUUCGAAGGCGGCACCGCGCCCUCCAGUCCCAAGAAGAUGUUAGAAACAUCAUAUACAUAUUCACAAUUCCAAAAAUCCGGACGUUUCACUGCGCCAGCAACAGUAAUACCUAGAUUUAAGAAUUAUUCGGUAGAUGAUUUCCACUUUCUGGCCGUUCUUGGCAAGGGAAGUUUCGGCAAGGUUCUGCUUGCUGAGCUGCGUGACACCACAUACUACUAUGCCAUUAAGUGCCUGAAAAAGGAUGUUGUCCUGGAGGAUGACGAUGUUGACUCCACGCUCAUCGAACGCAAGGUCCUGGCCCUGGGCACCAAACACCCGUAUCUGUGUCAUCUGUUUUGCACCUUCCAAACGGAGAGCCACUUGUUCUUUGUGAUGGAGUACCUGAAUGGCGGUGAUCUCAUGUUUCAUAUCCAGGAGAGCGGUCGCUUUUCGGAGGAGCGAGCCAGAUUCUAUGGGGCCGAAAUCAUCUCGGGCCUUAAAUUCCUGCACAAAAAGGGCAUUAUCUAUAGAGAUCUCAAACUGGAUAAUGUCUUGCUGGACUACGAGGGACAUGUUCGCAUUGCCGAUUUUGGCAUGUGCAAGUUGCAAAUCUAUUUGGACAAGACGGCAGAUAGCUUUUGUGGCACACCCGAUUAUAUGGCGCCCGAAAUCAUUAAGGGUGAAAAGUACAAUCAGAAUGUGGAUUGGUGGUCGUUUGGUGUGCUGCUCUACGAAAUGCUAAUUGGACAGUCGCCAUUCAGUGGCUGCGAUGAAGACGAGCUCUUCUGGUCCAUUUGCAAUGAAAUUCCAUGGUUCCCAGUUUACAUAUCCGCCGAGGCAACCGGGAUUCUCAAGGGGUUGCUGGAGAAGGACUAUACGAAGCGUAUUGGUUCGCAGUACAGCCCGGCUGGUGAUAUAGCCGAUCAUAUAUUCUUCCGCCCGAUCGAUUGGGGUUUGCUGGAAAAGCGACAAAUCGAGCCGCCCUUCAAGCCGCAAGUGAAACAUCCCCUGGAUACCCAGUACUUCGAUCGGGUCUUCACCAGGGAAAGGGUGCGUCUAACACCCAUCGAUAAGGAGAUAUUGGCAUCCAUGGAUCAGAAGCAGUUCCACGGCUUCACCUACACAAAUCCUCACAUCACCUUGGACUAGAGCCUAAUUAAUGUCCUAAUUAAUUAUUUAGAGCAACAGUAUUUGUAUAUGUAAAUAUUUAUUAUGGCCAAGAAAACAAGAGAUUAACAAUCAAAGCAAAUUGAAGUGAAAUCGAAAUUUUAAUACCUUGUAGUUAAGCUUUGGAGCACAUUGAAAAUUUGUAAUUCUAGUCAGUUAGCUAUACGUUUAUAUCUAAGUCUAAUUGUACAGAUAUCCCUCCUCACAUUUACCUAUAUACAUAUAUAUAUACGUAUGCAUAUAAAUAUUUUUUUUUUUUUGCAAAUUAUUUGUUCUAAAUUUUAGUGAUUAAGCAAAGGUCUACGUCUAUGAGAAAUAAAAGAAAAGUAAAUAAAAAAUAC